UCCUGCGGUCACAUCUAGUUGCCACAACUAGAGGGACGAGGAGACAUCAGAUUUAUGCUCCAUCCAUCCGCUUUUCUUCUGCUUUGUUUGCCUAAACCCUCCACCCAGGCGCGGAUGAGGUGUCGCUGUGGUUCGUCUCCGUCUCUCGGUGCUCGUUUGGUGAAUUAUUUUUGCUGCUUUUUCCCUCUCCUUGUGGACCGUUACCGUGCUCAUCCUGCAGCUAAGACCUUAAAGCUUUGAGUCUUAAUUCAGAGGCCCUUAUAUAAGAAGGUAAACAUUGCAUUGUUUUAUUCUGCAUUAGAGAGACAUUUGCCGUCCGUGUUCAUGCCAGAUCUGCAGCGAUUUAGUUUUCCAUACCAUAGCAUGAAUCCAUUGUUGGGGGCCACCACGCAUCUCCAACAACAUCCGCAGCCCAGCCAAGCAGCAGGACACCCCCUCGAAUCCCCCUCGGGCCUCCUCCCGGACGCCGUUUUCGGUGCUUCGGAUCCGGCGUCUUUUCUGCUGGGUGAUCUCCCCGGGCCAGGAGGGCCUGAUCAUCCGGGGCCCGAGUUCCCCUCACAGAGCCCCCCUUACCUCCACCACUACCCCCCACACCACCUCCACCACCACCACCACACGGUGCACCAUCCUCCUGCAGCCAUGGCUCUCAGAAACGACCUGGGCUCCAACAUCAGCGUCCUCAAGACCUUAAACCUGAGAUUUAGGUGCUUCCUGGCCAAAGUGCACGAGCUGGAACGCAGGAAUAAGGUUUUGGAGAAGCAGCUGCAGCAGGCGUUGGAGGCCAACAAGGGAUGCGGCGAGGGCAGGCCGCACACCCAAGAGGCUGGAGUGCAGACCGGUUUUGUCGGGGCCAUCCCGCUCAGACCUGGAUCCCUACCUUUUCACAACACCAACAACUCAGCCAGGAGGCCCACCACUUUAUUCCCAUCCUCCCUCCCAGCACCAGCUCCUGACAAUUCCACCCAAACCAACACCACUUGUAACCCAGCUAUUGCCAUCAGCCAGGCGUCACCCUCUGUGGACUCCCCAGGAUCCAGAACUACUGGACCAGGGCGCUCCAUCACGUCUGCUCCACGCUUCCUCCCAGGCACCAUCUGGUCCUACAACCCCACUCGCAGGUAUGGAGCGGAGCGUCUCACCAGCCCGGGGGUGUCCUGGGUUCACCCGGAUGGAGUCGGGGUCCAGAUUGACACUAUCACCCCUGAGAUCAGAGCGCUCUACAACGUCCUGGCGAAAGUGAAGCGGGAGCGCGAUGAGUAUAAACGCAGAUGGGAAGAAGAAUACACAAUAAGAAUGGACCUGCAGCAGAAGAUUGCAGACUUGCAGGAGGACCUGCAGGAGAGUGAAGGGUGUCAGGACGAGCUGGCCCUCAGAGUUCAGCAGCUGAAGGCCGAGCUGGUUCUCUUCAAGGGCCUCAUGAGCAACGACCUGUCGGACCUGGACACCAAGAUCCAGGAGAAAGCCAUGAAAGUGGACAUGGACAUCUGCCGCAGGAUCGACAUCACAGCUCGCCUCUGUGACGUCGCCCAGCAAAGGAACUGUGAAGACGUCAUCCAGAUGUACCAGGUUCCAAACAACCAGUCGUCCUUAAGCCUGCGCCGCAAACAAACACCCCAGUCCGUAAACGGCAGCGAGGGCGACGAAACGGUCAGCACCUCGGAGAGCGACGCAGGCAUUGUGAAGGAGGAGGACCAGCAGCAGCAGCAGCAGCAGCAGCAGCAUGGUGGCUCGUCAGCCAAUCAGAUCAAUGAGGAGAUGCAGAGGAUGCUGAACCAGCUGCGCGAGUGUGAGUUUGAGGACGACUGCGACAGUCUCGCCUGGGAGGAGACGGAGGAGACGCUGCUUCUGUGGGAGGACUUCCCAGGAUGCACUCUGCCUCCAGACCCCACCCACCUGCCUGGAGAGGACGACUGUCUGGAGAAAGUGAUAAAUGACACAGAGUGUUUGUUCAAGUCCAGAGAGAAGGAAUACCAGGAGACCAUUGACCAGAUUGAGCUGGAGUUGGCCACAGCGAAGAGCGACAUGAACCGCCAUCUGCACGAGUACAUGGAGAUGUGCUCCAUGAAGAGAGGCCUGGACGUCCAGAUGGAGACCUGCAGGAGACUCAUCACGCAAAGUGGAGACAGUAACGCGACGGCCGCACAGACGUCCUCUGACGACAGCGAUCAGAGAGAAAGCGACAGGAGCUCGGCGUCGCCUCCUUCCUCCUCCAGCGCCGGGAGGUCCUGACAUCUCGCCGUCGAGGUCAUGUGAUCUCCCAAACAGUGCUGCACCAUCACGUCACCACCCGACGGUCACACAAACAUCACUCACAUCACAUGUAGUCAGAAUGUGUGCUCCCAUGUAUCAUCUUAGUCUCAGCACAUCAACGUUUUAGGAGGAUUUGGUACAAAAAGUCAAGCACUCUCAUUUGCGCAAAACUGAUGUCUUUUUGGGUUACUCAAAAAGCAUAUUAUUUUUGUUAUUGUUUAUGAAUUAUGACCAAAAUUUAGGCUUUGGAGGGUUUUAGUGGGGGACUAAAUUUUGCUUUUUUUCUGGCAAAACAUUUUGUGUUAAAAUAAAAUGUUUUUUAGUUGGAAAUAAUAUGUUGUAGCGUGUAAAUGUAGUGCAUAUUUGGAACAUAAUAUAUAUUUUUUCCAAAUAGACAAAAAUAUAGAUUUGGUUGGGGCCAAAGUUAACAUUUUUUAACCCAAAUGUUUGCAGAAUUUAUCAUUUUAUGUCAAGAUAUACAGUAGCAUUUCUGGGGACAAAAUGAGGCGUUGUUUGAGGACUAAAUAUUUUGGGGGGUUACAUUUUUUUAAAUAAUAGCAUUUCACCAAGCAAAUAGAUUUUUUGGUUUGUUAAAAUCAAAUACUGUUUUUGCGUAGACAAAUAAUUUUGGGGGGCAAAAUGUAAUGUCUUCAUGGCAAAGCAUAACAUUUGGAGAGCUGUCCGCAUUUAUUGGGAGAAUAUAGAAAUGGCCUUUUAGUGGGGGCAGAAUAUUGUUUUGUGAGAUGUUUUCGUUUUAUGCACUUUUUGGAGGAUAAUAUGAAGGGUUACUGCAGAGGAAAAUGUUUUUGUUGGGCAAAAAAAGCCAGAUAUAGCAUUCUCAUGGCAAUAAAUAUAGAAGAUAUAGUGUUUUCAUGGCAUAACAUACAUACUUAGUGGGCAUUUUUGUGGCAUGGCGCAACAUUUUUACAUUUAGAGCGUCUCACCACAGACAUUCAUGCUGCAAAAAAUUAGAGUCCAAUCUUGAACUUGACAUCGUGCUUAACUUUUUGUACAAUUUCCGACUGAAUUGUCUCACAUUACAAAGUAGCCGAAAAUAUUGCAUAGUGCUUCUUGUGACGUCGUCCUCAUACAGCGAUGCUUUAGGCUGAAUGUAGAGUAAGACCAAGGCAAACAUCCUUUGUUCAUCAUAGUAACUGUCUGUUGACGUGAGCGUAUGGUCGUUGAUAUCAUUCAGGCUACUGUUGGCGCUCGUGUCUACGGACACACAUGAUGUCACCAAUCAGCGUUUUACUGCCUCACAGCUGCAAAGUACAUUUUCUUUGGAAAUGGAGAGUACCAUUACUAGAGCCGCAAGUGUGCACAAAAUAUGCUCUAAUUAUCAAAACUUAAAAGGAAUGUGGGUGUGAACGUUUAUAACAGUGACAAAGAUGUGGUAGUCACUGGUUUGGAAUGUGUGUGUGCGUGCGUGUGUGUGUGUGUGUGUGUGUGUUUGGAAAUUUGGAACAAAUGAGCUGAAGGUGUGUGUUAUUCCUCAUGCACUUUCAAUGGCAGGUUGGACGACAGCAUGAGAGAGAAGAGUUUGGAUGAUUAUGCAAUGUCAAGUGUAUGAAUAUGUUUGAGUCAGCUCCCAAGGGUGCGUUCACACUUGUCAUGUUUGGUGCGGUUAAUGGGUAAAAGGGUAAGAUGGCGUCAUGGUCUAAUUUGCAAGUCUGACACGAAUGCGGAUAUUUUCAAGAAAAUCUCUAUCAACGCGGCGAUGUUUUAAAACUAUCCCUAUCCACACGAACGCACAUACGCUGGCUGCCAUGCAGCGCUGCAGCCAUGGUCUGUGAAGGCAAUCGUGACCAAUCAGAAGCGCCGAUGACGUAAUUUCCGUAGACGUAUCAUGGCGAUGUACAAUAGAAGCUACAUGCGGACUGCUAGCGAAGUAGUGUUACUUUUCAGUGCGUUAUUUCGCAUUUGUCAGCAAAAUGUAUCGAAUCGAACUGAAAAUGGAUAAAACAUGUUCUUUAUUAAAAUGUAGCACAUGUUGGUUAUCACCCCAGUGCUGUCAAGUGUAGUUCGUUUUAUCAAUCAAGAAAGAACUCCAUCGGCUGUGAUGCUAUCAUUGCUGACAUAAUUGUGUGUCUGGUCAAUUUUCCUCGUUUAAUUGCCUCCACGACAUUAGUUUAUUAGCAGAACAAGGCCAGCAUAGCUAAGGGGCAGGCUGUCAAUGUGCGGGCGAAGCAGCUCAGUCAAACGCAAUCACAAGCUUCUUGCCAUGCUAACAUCCCCAACGCCAUUCUUCCAAAAUAACGACGUGCUUCCCACCAGAUAGAGGUCUGAUAGGGUCUUGUCCCAAAUUGCAGUCGUUGGUGAGAGUGCUGUAGCCGAUUGGCGAGAAAAACAGCAGCAGUAUAGCGUCCAAUGGCGCCUUUGUUCGGCAGUGUAAAGCGAAAGUAGACGUACGUUUACUCCUGUACACACAGAAAGUCAUUUCAGAAAGCUUGAAAGCAGCAAUGUUAUGUUUGCCUUUGCACACAUUAUUAUACUUAUACUUAUACUUACAUUAUACUUAUCUCAUGUGGAAGUAACACCACAUAAUUGUUGCAUCAGCUCAAUUUUCGUCAUCCACACGAAUACGCUGAAGCCGGAGUUUUGAAAAAUCUUCACCCUGGCCGGAGUGUUCCAAAAGCUCAGUUUCUAAGGACAAAAACCUCCACAUGUGCGUGGAUGAGAGGCCAAAACAGAGAGAAAAAUAUGCGGUUUUAAAAUAGUCGUAUGCGUAUCGCAAACCAGUGGACAACACUGCUUGAGAGAUGGGUCCCGGUCUGCUUGCAAGUCAACUCUGGCGUGGUUUGGUUCACUAGAGCUCAAAUGUGAACGCAACAUAAAUCCGUGUUUAAAUGACAGCAAAAAGUCGGCACAAAUGACAAAUACGUAAGCGAAAAUGCGCUCCAAGUGUGUGUGAUAAUGGUGCUCUUUAAAAGUAGCUUUUGGGGAAAUCAAAAGACACUUUCUGUCAAAAGACAGAAAGAAGGUAAACAUAGCAGAAUAUAAAAAAUUCAAGAUUCAAGAGUUUUAUUGUCAUAUGCAUAAUAAAACAGGCAGUUAUACUAUGUUAUAAAAUAACCUACGUAUUUAACUUGGAAGACCACAUUUAGGUUUAGAAUAUUGGAGUUAUGUCACAAAAGCUGCCCAGUCAAUUCCGUACUUUAUGCAUAUGUUUAUUACUGCACAGCUGUCCCAGGACAAAAAUACCAAUAACAUUUUUGGGCCAGAGUUCCGAACCACAAGUGUGAACGCAGCCUGAGACACACAAAUGACAAUGAUGCAACAAAUAUUAGGUCCUUUUACUUGUGGGAGGCAAAUCAAUAGGAUUUGUUUAAAAAAGUCAGCCGCCGAGUGCCAAAACGAAGAAAGGAAAUCCAAAAAUGAUGCUGCUGAAGCUUAUUUUCACCGAUGUGCUUACUACAACUUAUACAACUUAUUUCCAAGCCCGUUUGCGCAGAGAAAGGAAAGCGCACAGUAAAAAAACAACAAAAAAAAAAGAAUGAACGAACACUAUGGCAUAUUAACAUGUAAUCGAGACACACUGUAAAUAGCAAACUACAGUAUAAUUAUUGUGUUUAUCAGGAGCGCGUGAGCUACUGCAAGGCUAAAUGAACAAGUUGUCCAUUAAGAAAAAGAACACAUUUGAGGCUUCUUUAAAAGGAUGCAUGGCGUAAAAUUGACAAUAUAUGAAAGGACGUUGGAGAAGACCCUCUUUUUCAGGGAACGUCUAUGUAUGCAUGUGCCCGUGUGCUGGUGUAUGGGCUUUAUCACUGAAUAGCAAAUGAUGUAUCAAUGAAGAAAGACACUAAGGCAAAUGCACACAAUAAAAAAUACAAUACAACUAGCCCGUACUUCAUAUUCAUAUUUAAAGUCAUAGUAAGUCACCAUUGGGGUUCUUUUGUGUCACGUCUUGAAAUAAACAGAUCAUUUCCGUGUGCAACAAAGCUCUAUGCACAAUUUGAAGAAUAUUGUUAGCUACAUGAGAGGUGUCCAGGCUGGUCCACCAAUACUAAAAAGCACUAAAAGUAGGUGACCCAUGGUUGCCAUGGCAAUAACACAGACUCUAUUCUCCUUCUUAUAAGUCAGCGUGCCAUUCAUUGUAUUCUAAUUAAUUCACCUUGAGGGUCAAAUUAUUACAUAUGGUUGUUUUAAAUGUAAUGACUCUUUGCCCAUGUGAGUGUAUGCUGCUGCCAAGUGAAUUUAAAUGUACAGUAACUACUGGAAUUUAAACAGAUGUUUGAAAUGUAAGAACAAGAUUAUUGCUUGAUCUUAUUUUGUAAGCUUUUUUUGUUUGUUGGUUUCAUUGAAGUGUGCUACUGUAAGUAAAUCGUGUACAUACUGUAUUUAAAAACUUGAAGCAUCCACUAAGCGUCCAUGCAGAGUUGCGGGAUAGUCUAUGUGUCCAACAAGAGGGGGAAGAGAAUAAAAGAUGUAUGUCAGCAAGAGAAAGACUGCUUGUAUGAUUAUUUGAGAAAGGUCAACGACUCAUUGAAAUACCUUACAGCAGCGAUCCCCAACCCCCGGGCCGUGGGUCAUUUGGUACCGGGCCGUGGGUCAUUUGGUACCGGGCCGCACAGAAAGGAAAAAUAAUUUCCAUGAUGUUUUAUUUUGAAAAGUGGCCAGAUUCUCUCUGUUACAUCCGUCUCACUUGACGCAUGUCCAUUGUGCGUGCACCAACUUUCUCUCUACGGCUGCUGUAUUUUUUUUUUAGCAUUUUUCUUUCACCUCAUAUUUGGUGUCAAAUGCUGAUACUAUGUGGGAAUGCAUAAAGGUAAGUUUUGAUGACUUAUUAAGAUAAAUUAGAAUGCAAUAAUGUACGACCCAACCCGCCCCCCGGUCCGCGAGAGAUUUGUGGGAACACAAGCUGGUCCAUGGGUCAAAAAAGGUUGGGGAGCACUGCCUAACAGCAUUAUUAAAGCCUCCAAAAUGACUAAAAACAUGAAGAUGUAAGUACUACACAACAGGGGGACAAAACGAUCCUUACAUUUUUUAAUAUAUUUAGUAUAUUUUUUAUAUUUGUUACUGCUGUAAAUGCAAUUUCCCAAUUUAUGCCAACUCUAAUUGCGUUUCCAUCUGGAAUAAAUGAGAAAAUACAGAAGAUGUCUGGUGGGAUACAUGAUAGCUGUCAACCAUGCGUUUGGAUGUUUUUGGCAGAAUUUUUUAUCUAGCUGUUAUAUUGGAUCUUAUUUGACUCUCUUAUUUUGUUUGCCCUAUUCCCCUAGCCCAUCCAUCCAUUUUCUAUCCUCAGCAGGGUGACGGGGGUAUGCUGGAGCCUAUCCCAGCUGACUUCGAGCGAGAGGCGGGGUACAUCCCGGACUGGUCGCCAGCCAGUCGCAGUAUUCCCUUAGUGUGGAAUCCAAGUAAUUAUCCUGCUAAAACAGUAACCGUAACAUUUCUGAAGAUGUCCAAAAGUUUAUUUAUUUUAUUCAAUAGUUUUUAAUUUCAUUUCAUUUCCUUGUAUUUAUUUUGUUUUAUUCAUUUACACCUUAUGCUAAAAACUGCAUUUCACAAAAGUG